AUGGACCGCUUCAGGCGCUUUGUGACGCAGUUUGCUGACUAUCCUGCCCUUUCCCAGGCCAACCUCACCAUUGAUGACAGCGACAAGAAGCGAGCUCCCCCACCACGACCGGCCCCUUCCCGAAGCGGCACCGACCCCCGUGCAGGCCAUCGCCCAUCCCGCUCCGAAGAGGAGAGGCGCGCUGAGCGCAUGCGUGAAGCUUCUCGCGGCGGCUCUCGACCACGAGGUCCGCCCACUUCUUCGCGCCCUCCCCACCUGAGCAGCCCCGAACGCCGUGAGAACCGCCGUCCCCGACGCAACUCUGAAUCCUCCAUCAUCGACAGGGGCUCGCUGGAUCCGCAUGAGGAGCGCAGGCGCAGGGAGCGUCGCAAGGAGCGUGAAGAGCGUGCCAAAGAUGGCAAAGAUGGCAAAGACAAGAAUGGAAAGCGUGUUCGUAGGCCGCAAGGUCUUGACCUCAUCGACAAACUCGAUGUGACCGGCAUUUACGGACCUAGCAUGAUCCACCACGAUGGACCGUACGACGCUGUACAGCCGCACCGCAACCGUAAGAAGGAUCAGCGCGCCCCCAUGCAUGCCUUCCCCGUCGGUUCAGCCAACAACACACUGGGUGGCUCUGGACCGCUAAACAACAAGAUUGAUUUGGACAGAAUCCAUGGCAGAGGUGCCGAGGGCUUCACCGACUUUGCCGGUGCCGAAACCGAGUGGAAGAAGCCUGCCCCCGUGGCCACAGAAUUCAGCGCAAAGGGCCGAGAAGACAUUGUGCAUGGCGAGCAGACCCACGGUCUUGGAACUUCCACCUUCCUCGAGGGUGCUCCAGCAUCCCGCAAAGCGAUUCAGGAGGAGUCUGAUGCUCAGAGGCAGAAGCAGCUGGCUGAAAAUGGUUUAGGCCGCAAGAAGUCCAUCGCUCAGCGAUUCCGUGGCAUCUCUCAGCCCCGACGUUACGGUGACGGCCCUCGCAUCACCUCGCCUGAGGCACGUUACGGAUCUGCCACCAGCCCAAGUGGCCCUUAUAGCGCUGGAGCCAUUUCGCAGACCAAGGCCACAGAGCAAAACCCGUUCUUCAGCGACGACUACGACAAGGCCUAUGACGCCAAGGGCGCAGCUAUCAAGACUAACGAGAGCGGGUAUUCACCACCCCGAGGCGCCGCGCUGCAACGAUCCAUCACCACAGACAGUGUAGGAUCUCCUACAGGCGAGGGGAAGCCCAGCGGUGGAUUCCUUAACCGGGUCAAGUCCUUGAAGGGUGGACGCCGACGCCCUGCUUGA